CAAAAAAUAAACCCCAGCAGGACAUUCUCUGGGUAGGCUCUUUGCUGUAUGAGCAGCAGCUCAAGAGGAGAGAAAAGCUACAGGGUUCUUGCUUGGGAAAUAAAUGUGAGACAUCCUGUAGCAUUUACAAACUAGCAGAAUGAAGGAGGGUAUCUUCUUGCUGUUCCUUUUGCACUUCCAGAGUGGCAACCUCGGAUUUAAUACUCCAGGAAAGCUUUGGACCACAGAGGAGGGUGGUGAAAGCCCAACAACUUACUCAGACGUGACCCCAUCUCCAACUGCAGUGACAACUGCAGGGUCACCCUAUUCUGAGAUACAAGUUGCCAAGGAGAGUGCAUCACAAGCACCCACUUCUGCAUCUUCAGGCAAGACUCUGGGAAUGAAAGCAGUGAAGAAAACUUCCAGUUCUACAACCUCCAUCCCUGCAAGCCAGUCAAAUGGACACAGUGAUGGGGACUCUGACAACGAUAAGAUGAGAAGCUCGUCUAGCAGUGAAAUGACAUCUCUACAGAGCAAUGCAAGAAAGGCCCCUCUCCAGCAAGAGGUCACUCCAAGCCAGGAUAGAGCAGCGGGGAACAGAGCUCUCAAGCAGUCAUCCUACAGCACUGGUAUCACCAACACCCAAAGGGAUGCCAGCUCUAAAGCAUCUGGCUUUCAAACUACCAGGGGAAAAAACUGGUGCGCUUAUGUCCAUACCAGACUAUUACCUACAGUGGUAGUGGACAACCUGGAAACCUUCUCAUCAGGCAGAGCGAAGCCUUGCACGUGGCUUAUUGGAUCCUGUGCUCAGAGGUCCCAGACGACAACGCAUGUGGCCUACAGAAUCAACCAUAAAAUAGUAACAUCGCUGGAGUGGAAGUGCUGUCCUGGGUACAGUGGGCAAAACUGCCAGUCCACGGCUCAAGAACAACAUUUGUUUCUACACAGCAAUCAGGCUGAAAGCAGCAGAACUCUCAAUGAGAGGGCACCAGGAGUUUCACAGGACCCCAGUGGUCCAGCACUUACACAAAAAAUGAACGAGAAGAUUAGCAGCCAGGAGAUGAAACUGACUUUUCUACAGGGGAAGGUUGACAACAUUACAGCUGCCAUGAACGAUGCAAGCAAGACUCUUUCUUCUCUGGAAGGCAAAAUCAAUGAAGAUAAGGGCAGAGACUUCCAGUCUUUUCUAAAAGGUCUCAAAUCCAAGAGUAUUAAUAUGUUAGUCAAAGACAUUGUCAGAGAACAGUUAGAAGGAUUUCGAAGAGAAAUGCAAGAGAGCAUUGCUCAAAUUUUCAAGACUGUGUCUAGUUUAUCAGAAGAUCUUGAAAAUACAAAAGAAUUAGUGAAACAUCUGAAUGAAACCCAACAAAAAUUUGCUCAAGAGAAAGACAGCGGGCCAACAAAGCUUGACAUUCUGGAGCUAAAAAGUCAUAUGGUGCAGAUGAAAGAGGAAAUGACCUUAAUUUGUGACAAACCUGUGAAAGCUUUACAGAAAAAGCAGAAAUCCUUGGAAGACAACUUGGAACAUCAACAGUCAAGAAGUGUCAUUUAUUAUGAAUCUUUAAAUAGGACCCUUACUGAAAUGAAAGAUGCUCAUGAACAACUGUUAUCAGUUGAACAGACUUCAAAUCAAAACAUCGCUUCAAAAGAUCAAGUCACAGAGUACAACCUUACAGAAUACAUGUUCACACUGAAUGAGAAAGUAAAGAAACAGGGCCUGAUGGUGCUGCAGAUUUACGAUGACUUAAGAAUCCAGGACAGCAAAAUCAGCAAUCUCAGUGUUGAACUGGAAAUUCAGAGAGAUUCUGUUCUGGGAGUCUGUGAUGACAUGUUGUCAGAGAGCAGAAAGGAUUUCCAAAUGCAGCUGGCAGCAACCCAAGAGAAUGUGCUUAUCCUAAACAGAAGUCUCUCUGACAUGGUCCUUCCAUUGGACAGUAAGAUUGAUAAAAUGAAUGAGCAAAUUAAUGAUUUGUGCUAUGACAUGGAGAUCCUGCAACCCUUGAUUGAACAAGGGGCACCUUUUAGUCUGACUUCAGAGUAUGAACACCAAAUUCAAGCUGAAGCUAUCAAUGAAAAGCUUGAAAACCUCACAACUGCCAUUAACAGAAUGAGUUCUACAAUUAAGGGACUUUCUAAAACUCAGGAAGGACUUAAAAAUGAAUCUCAGGCUUAUCAGGAACUCUUUGAGAGUCGUAUUAAUGAAUGCUCUAUGGAAAUAGAGGAUGGAUUAAACAAGACCAUGACAGUAAUAAACAGUGCUAUUGAUUCUAUUCAAGAUAACUAUGUACUGAAACAUACGCUACAUGCCCUGAAAAAUGAGACUGAGGUCUGCUGUAGCAGAGCAGAGAAGCUGGACAGCCUGCUGGCUUUCAUUUCCCAAUUCCAACAGUUGAAUGAAACCCUCUGGACACUGCUUACUGGCAAGAAACAGGAAUUCACUUCACAAGUAGAUACAUCCAUUUCUGAUCUUCCUUAUGCAGAGUCUGACAAAAUUAUGCUCCACAAUUUCAGAAGAAUUUACUAUAUUUUAAAUGAAACAUCAUCAAAAGUUGACAAUCAACAAAAAGAUAUCACCCGACUGGUAGAAAAACUAUACGACUCUGUGGAGGAAUCUAGGGACCAUGAGGUUCGCCUCCUGGGUGUGGAGUCAAAAAUUUCUAAGUUUUUGGCAAAUAACUGUGUCUCACUGAAGAAAAACAACGCUGCCUCAACAGAGAAAGAACAAAUGAUCUCACUUCAGCUCCAGGCAAUGAAUUCCAGGAUUAAGGCCCUGGAAGCCAAGUCGAUCCGCUUCUCAAACAGCAUUCCACUUCUGAACAGGACUGCUCAUGAAGCCUGGGGGCUGUGUCAGGAUGCCAACAGCAGCAUCCAAAAAAUGAAUGCAAGUAUACCUGGGCUAAUUAAACUUGCUCAGCCAGAUAUUCCCCUACUGCAAAGAGGCCUUAAAGAGCUCAUUGAAUCUGUGCUUGAAAUAAAAGCAGGGACUAUCCUGACAAAUUUAACUGAGCAUGUUGACAUACUGGUGGCAAGUGCAAUGAACAACAUCACCAAACUUCAGAAGCAAGCGAAACCAACUAUAAAGAAAGCAGCUCCAAUGAAAAAAGGGACAACAAACAUCACCAUGAGCCUGGCAAGCCGAAGUCAGAGAAACACAGAUAAUACUAUAGAUUCAGGGCAGUACUCAGCGUGUGUCAGCUCCCCAUGCCAGAAUGGAGGAACCUGUAUCAAUGACAGAGAGAAUUUUAUUUGUGCUUGUCGCCACCCCUUUGGAGGAGUCAACUGCAGUAUGAAGCUGGUGAACGACAAUUCUCUGAGUGUUGAUUUUUCAAAGGGAUCAUACAGAUAUGCACCUAUGGUGGCUUUUUUUGCCUCUCAUACAUACGGGAUGACAACUCCAGGACCCAUCAGAUUUAACAAUCUGGAUGUCAACUACGGAGCUUCAUUUGCCCCAGCAAGUGGGAAGUUCCAUGUUCCAUAUCUUGGGGUGUAUGUUUUUGAAUAUACCAUUGAAUCAUUUAGUCCCCGUGCCUCUGGCUAUCUGGUCAUUGAUGGGAUAGACAAACUUAGUUUUCAGGCUGAAAAUAUUAACAGCAAUAAGUACACUGACAGAGUAAUUACUGGAAAUGCUUUAUUAGAAUUAAAUUAUGGUCAAGAAGUCUGGCUCAGACUGGCAGCUGGCUCUAUACCAGCCAAGUAUCCACCAGUCACUACCUUUAGUGGUUACUUGUUGUAUCGUACCUAAGCCACUCAUAAAUGUAAUCAUCAAAUGAAACAACUGGCAUAUAAAUUUAUCUUUGCCUUUAAAUACUUCAUUCCUUUCACAUCGAUAAGUUUCUUAAAGUAACCAAAGUAAUGGCAUUAGCAUUUGAAGUAUCUGAUCCUCCAAAUUGCUUGUGUGUAGCAUGUACACAUCUACAGAGAGUCCACAGGCUGGGGACAGGGGAAAAGUAUGCAUCCUCCUUCUAUGAGUGGGAAACACAAAUAUAAUUAUUUUCUACAUUUACAUCGCAUAAAUAUACUUACACAAGGAAGCCGAGACUCAGUUCUCAAGAAAAAUCAAAGCUGGUUUUGAUGAUCACUUUACAACCUGAGUGCACACGUAGGUGAUGGAUAGAUUUGAUGAUUCAGAUGUUGGGUUACUGUGUAGCUCAUUGUAUCAAGUGAUAGUCAUGUAUAUAUUGUUUGGAAAAAAUAUGUAUAUAUUUUAUUUUGCCUGACAUUAUCAACCACAUACCUUGAGAAUUCUGCAUUUAGUUGUUUCAAAAUUUUGUAUGUAAUCAGUAUGAUAACAAACUGUAUUUUUUUUGUCUAGCAGAAAUAAAACAGGGAAGACUUAGAAGUUGCAUAUUUAUAUACUCAAAUCAGAAAUAAGGUGGUCAUUUUUGCCAGUGAAUAUAAUUAGUCAUGGCAAAAACAUUACAAUGGAUUUGGUGGACUCUUUCUAUUGCUUGAAGCAUUCAAACCACAGAGAGAUUUUGGCCUAUAAGGUACAAAAUGUUAAAUGGGAUAAUCAUAAUAGUCCUUUCCAAGUUUGAACUCUAUAAUCUAUGAUUUUAUUUGUUUCUGCAUCAUAUUCACUAACUGUUAAGGCAAGAUAAAAUGAACUUUGGUCUGCACAAUCCAAAAUGUGAUUUCCAAGCAUCAGUACAAUAAAAAAGAACAUAUUGUCACAUAUGAGUGCCUGUAUGUAAUAGUGGAUCACAUUGCCUCGUAAAGGAAGAGCUUGAACAUACAUGUGGAUAAAAAUAAGAUGACUGAAUUUUACAUACAUAUUCUUGGAAAAUGCUACUACUAAUGUAUAUGAAUUGGGAAUUAUGUCCUAGUAAAAUUUUACAGUAAAGUCGAACAAAAGAACACAUACUGUAGUGCUCUCUCUGUCCCCUCUCCUCUGCCACCAUUGAGUUUAUUAAAUAUUUUCACUGCUAGAUGGUAGACUAAUUCUUCAUUCUUAAUGGAUAUUAAGAGCAGCCACUUUGACCAGCAGCCCUAGCCCAGGACUCCUCCUGCCUCCUCUUGAGCCCAGGCCAGUGUCCAGGAUUCAACUUAUGCUGAGCUGUGGAGUUGCUUAUCUUGUUGGGAAGGGAAGUUAUUCAAAGUGUCCUGUAACAGCAAACACCAGCAGCGUGUCAUGCAUAACAUGACCUCAAAUUUAAUGCUACUCUUAAAUGCUGGAAAACCCAAGGGAGGGCAAACAGUGAUUUUACCAUCUGCUCUAAUCUUGGUUUAAUCCUGCUGUGGAAUAUGAAUUUCUAUUUGACCUAGGGAAACGGAUUCAGCCUACUGCAGGCCAAGUUUUCCUAUUGCAUUUCUUUUUCUUCUGAACACUGUUAUCUGAAAGAAAGCCUCUUAUCAUUUCUUUGCCUACAUUAGCUAGUUGGUUACAUGUCUGAGGCUCAUUUUCUGUUCUGAAAGACUUAUCGAGAUUUCAAGGGAGAUGGAAACUUUAGAUAAAAGCCUAUUUUCUGAAGCCUUAAAUCCACUAAUUAAUUGUUAAUGGAUCCUGCAGCACAUAAUUAAUCAUACUAAAUAUCCUAUGUUUCCUUAAAGGAUCUGAAAUAAAUAGAGCCACUAUAAUAAAGGUCAACAGCAAAUCUCA